ACCGUUACUUAGCGAACUGCGUGCCAGCUGCGAUCUCGCAGUUGCUCCACUUUCCGCUCUGGUUCUUUGCGCUGUUUUUCUGGAUGCUAGCCCUCAGCUACGAACUAGACUACAUCGAGUACCCGAUGCGAAAAUUCUCCCCUGAGGUCUUCGAGUCCUACGCACACGAAGUAGGACAGAAAGUGAGGGCUGGCAGGUGGCAAAAUUUUUAUGGGUCUACUUCGUUCCGUUCUGGUUCUGGUUCAUCUACCACGGUCGCCAGUGCUGGUAGAGCCGCAAGCACCUUCGUGCAGGAAUUCGUAGACAACCUGGACGACGAUGACGCCAUGGCUGCUCCACUUGUGUCUCUCGGUGGUGGAUACGGAGGAGAACCUGGUGAGAUAGAUUUUUCU